CCCCGCCGCCCUCGCGCAGUAUGAAAACCCUGAAGAAGCAGCGGCUAGAAGUACUGAGCGCCUACUGCUACCUGCUCACUUUCCUCUUCACGGGCCCCUUCUGUUCCCUUCUCCUGCUCUUCCUCCUCUUCACGUCGCUCUGGUAUUUCUCUGUUCUCUACUUGGUACGGUUCUUCCUGGACCGGGACACACACCCCGCCCCCCAGGUGAGGACUAAACAAGUAGUGAGAGGUGAUAAAUGGUGCCUCCAGGAAUUCUCCCACCCUUAUCUGUCUGCCCAAGGCGGAAGGCGUUCUGAGUGGAUGAGGAACUGGACUGUUUGGAAGCACCUAAGGGAUUAUUUUCCCAUAAAACUGGUGAAAACAAUAGAGCUGCCCCCUGACCGGAACUACCUGCUGGUCGCUCACCCACAUGGGAUCAUGGCCAUGGGAAUCCUCUGUAACUUCUCCACUGAGAGCUCCGGCUUCUCCCAGCAGUUCCCCAGGCUCCGGCCCUUGACGGCCAUGCUGAAUGGCCUCUUCCAUUUCCCAGCCUACCGAGACUACCUUCUGUCCUUUGGAGGAUGUUCUGUGAACCGCCAGAGCCUGGAUUUUAUUCUGUCGCAGCCUCAGGUCGGGCAGGCUGUGGUCGUCCUGGAGGGGGCCCACGAGUCCCUGUAUGCCAGCCCAGGGGAGCAGUGCCUCACUGUCCAGAAUCGGAAAGGCUUUGUCCGCCUGGCACUGAGGCACGGCGCUUCUCUGGUGCCCGUGUACUCCUCUGGGGGGAAUGAUAUCUUCAGAGUUAAGGCUUUUGCCCCAGACUCGUGGCAGCAUCUGUGCUAGAAGAUGCUGGGCUUCAAGAAGCUCCUGGGCUUUUCUCCUUGCAUUUUCUGGGGCUGUGGUCUCUUCUCAGCCAACUCCUGGGGCCUGGUGCCCUUCUCCAGGCCCAUGACCACUGCGGUGGGCUGCCCCGUCCCGGUGCCCCAGUGUCUCUGGUCCACCGAGGAGCAGGUUGACCACUCUCACAUGCUCUACGUGAAGGCUCUGGAGCAACUGUUUGAUGAGCACAGGGAAAGCUGUGGUGUCCCAGCUUCCACUCGCCCCACCUUCAUCUAGCCCCAGCCUUAGCCCUCCCCCCACACCCACCAGCCCCCCCAGCCCCUGAUCCCAGUGCCCUGAGACCCCCACCUACUGCCAUGCCACUGCGCCAAUAAAAGGUAGUUCUCUCACACCACUACUUCGUAGAAUCGGAUGCCCGCCAUCGGAUUCUCAGCUCCACCAACAACUGACCGUGGCCUUAUCCAAGUCACUUAAGCUUUUCAAACCUCAGUUUCCUCCUUAUAACACGGGGCUACCUACUUCAGAGUUGCAGGGUUUCUAAUUUUUAUUGAAAUACAACACAGAGAAGUGCACAGAUCACAAGGGCACGGCUUGAUUUUUCUUCCACUGAACAUACACGGGGUUGUCCUGGGAAGUGAAUGAGAUGUACUCAGGCUCAUGGGACAGCUGCACUGGCGUUCUUGGGUGUGGAUUGAGGAGAACUGUCAGCCAUCGUCUUCCCACCCAUCUCUACGCUUGGAUUUCUCUGCUGGGUGGGUGCCCACUCACCCAGGAUGGAGCCAGGAGGAAACAUCUGGAAGCCUUUUCAGAGAAAGAAGAGAGGGGUCAGCACUGGGAUGGGAUGGGCUGGGGACAAGCCUUUUGAAUGGGUAGAGGAGUCGACCCAGCAGGCUGGAGGAGGUUAGGGUCGGUUAGAGAAUCAUUACAUCUGUUUCGGAAGCUCCAGUCCCAGACAGUGAGAAUCCCACUGGGUCAGACUUCAGCCCUGCGCCCGGGGCUAUCCCCACUCACCUGCCACCCAUGCAGACCCUAAUGUGGGCUCUUCUACAGACCUAUUUCUGGUCAUACUUCCAGAGCUCCAGCCCCAGUGGGUCCUCCCCUACUGCUAGUCUCUGCAGCCCUGAAAAGCCAACCCAUCUGUAGACAAAACAUAGCAUCUGCGUAUCCAAGGAGCUUAAUAUCCUGCACUGCCCGCUGCCACCAGACGUUAUCAUUCCCCAGUAACAUGCUAGGGAUGCCAGAAUCACCUUCACCUCCUUCCUAUCUCCCCACCUUCCAGAACCCCAGUCACACUUCCUGGCCUCCUGUCUUCUUCUAAGCGCUUCUUAGCUUCUUCUCUUACUCCAGGCCCCCAUCCCUCCCGUGGACUUCCUCUGGGACCACUCCUCAGAGAGCAGGGGUCUUGCCUCUCAUCUCCCAUCUAACACCUUCUCACGCUGGCAAGAUGCUCUCCCUAAAACACUGUUUUCAUCAGUGUUUCCCAGUCCUAUUCACUGGGACUGGAUCCUCAUUGUCAGAAGGUGUGAACUGCUCAGCACAGCAUUUGAGGCACCCCACAAACAGAGCCCUACCCUGUAGACACACAGGGUACCAGACACACAAAAGUACUGUCUGCUUUUGCCUGGGGGCUGCAUCCACCGAGACGUGGUCUUUGUGCAAAUUAGACAAAGAAUGUUCCAGGUUGGGCGGUGACAAACAUUUGCUAUGGGAUCUUCUCUUUGGGGAAGUGCAGGUGCCACGUGCACAGAGAGGAGAUGGAUCACUAAACUGCCUAAAGGAUCUAUUGUAUUUUCAAGAGCUCUGGACCCCACAGUACAGAGCCGUCAAGGUUCCCAGUCCCAUUUCUCCUGCCGUGUAUCUGGAUAAUAACCCCCAACACUGUGUGGUUUCUCCUCCUAUCUGGAAGCGUCUAACUUGCAAAUAUAUGAAUAUAUACCUUAGGAGCACAGCUAAUUGCCUCCUGGCAGGCCUUCUUCCUUCCCUGCCAUUGUCCAUGUGGCCACCAGAGGGCAACCUCUACUCACAAGGCAAAUCUGUCACUCUCCUGUUUAAAGCCCUCCCCUGGCUGGCCAGUCCCCGCCUACAGGAUGGGUGCAACCCAGAAUUGCUUGUUCUUGCAAAGCAGGCUGUUUCUCAGCUCUGGGCUUUGCUCAGGCUUCCCCUUGCGCAGGAGGGACCCUGCCCUUCUUUGUCGUCUGGAGGGGAUUUUUUUUUUUUCUUGCCUCACCCGUGGCAUGAAUUCCCAGACCAGGGAUCGAACCAGCUCCCCCGCCCCGGGAAUUGGAAAUGCGGAGUUUUAACCACUGGACCGCCAGGAAAGUCCCCAGAGGGGAAUUUCUAAGACGCAGUUGGGGUCUCACUUUCCUUGACCAGCCAACGUGCCAGGCUGGUCCAGGGCAUCCUCUCCUCUGCAUCCACGUAGUGCUUCCUGAAGAUCUAGCACGAUCCUCUGUGUCGCUUUAAAACAUCAAUUUAUCCAAAAAGUUGGCUAGCUUCAACAUUAAUAAGGACAAUAACAGCAUUGGAUUGCACCACAUUAAGCCUGUUUAAAAUCAAUGAGUUCAUAACGGUCUGAAAGUAAUAAUCGAUCACCACUGAAGGAUGCUGAGGAACCACCACAUUAUUUGAAUAGUUAACAAAUAAAGGGAAAAAUGUAAGCAUUUAUCUGGUCUUUCCUUCAACAAACUAUCUCUAAGGGUAAUCAUAGUAGAAGAGAACAAGUUUCCUUUUAUAGGCAUAUUCCAGCUAGGGGGG